AUGGAGAAGGACUCUGGAUCAUUCAGAGAUCUUGUCUUCGAUGGCAGACCUGGUAAUUACCGAGAAUUCCGGAGAAAGACAAUCCUUGCUGUAGCUGGUUUAGAGGAAAGACAUGUGCAUUUAGCUGGACCGAGGUUGCUCACGAGACUUCAAGGAGAAGCCUACCGAGCCACUGAACACUUAGCAGUUGCGGACUUGCGCCGAAAUGAUGGUUGGUUGCAAGUCAUUCGAGCCUUGGAUACCCACUAUGCCUUCUUGCCAGAGACUGAGUUGCAUGAAGCAAUAGAUAGCUUCCUGUUUGACCUGCGGAAAAAGCCCCAUGAAGGUGCCACAGCCUUUGCAUCGAGGUUCAAAACAGCCUUGUCCCGAGUUCAAGCACUGAUAGCCCAGGAGAGGUCAACAGCCAAGACCAAGAAAGUUGGAAAGAAAGGAAAGAGUUCUGUUGCCAGUGCCGAGCCCGACAAUAGCAGCUUAGAACCUAGUGAUGAUGGGUCCGAACCAGGAUCAACCAGUCGUGAGCCAGCAGCCGCCCCAGUUGAUGCAUCCGCAGAAGCAUCCGGCCAAGCAGCAGGUAGUGUGCGAUCUGAAACCCCUGCACCGAAAGCCGCAGCCUCACCGCCUGGUGAUGCUGAUGAGCAGAGAACUGCCCGGAGUCAUGAUACAUCCGAGCAGAGACGUCGCCGUCAUAGCAGUCGAGGUUCCAGAGGUACGCACUCAGGUGAUAGAAAGAAAGAAGAGCUGAAAAUGGCAUACAUGCUAGGAACCAUAGAGGUUGGCCACACCAAGCCUUCGCCGAUCUUUCCGUCCACUGUUUUGGGUCAUUUGUUCAUGCGCAAAUAUGGUUUGAGCCGAGAGCAGAGAGCCCAAGUCAUCCGUGCCACUGGCGGUUCAUCCCGCUUUGCAGAAGUCGAGAGGAUUCUCCGUGCCUCCGAUUUUGAUGAAUCCCGCAGCCGUCAUGAUGAAAGACGCCCACACAUGCACCAUGGCAGUUCCCGUACUCCCCGACGGGAAUCAUAUGCAGUUGCCCACCGGGAGCACGAUGUACAUGCCAUGGAAGAUGAUUCGUCCGAUCUGCAAGAGCCUUUGACAAGUGGUUCAGGUUCCGAUGAUGCAUACAUGGCCGAUCAACAUGCUGAAGGUCCUCCUGACCAAGAUGAGAAUGAUUCCGGCUUGGAGUUGCAAGAGAUAUAUGAGAUGAAACAAAAAGCCAAGAAAGACUUCAAGAAGUCAUUCAAGACCUACAAAGAAAGCCGUAGAAGGGUCAAGGAAAUAAAGAAAGCAAGACAGCCAUACUACCCAGUAGUUGCCUUGAGUCAGCCAGGUGACAGCAGUGCCAGCACUUUGCAGCCUGCCAAUGCCUCAUCUGCACCAAAGAAACAAGAGUUCCGAUAUGACAAGUCCAAGCAGCAAAAAGUGUUUCCGCCAAAGCGUCAGCCACGGAAAGAAGAUGCCCAUUUCACCACUGGGACCGUAGCCACUGACUUUGCUUAUAUGGUUGUCACACAAGAGUGGAACAACGAGAGUCCUACCUUGGAUGUUUUGUUGGCCUCCAUUCCCAAUGGGUGUGCAAUCAUUGACACUGGAUGCACUACAAGCGUGAUAGGUCUUGACACUGCAGUUCGCUUCCAGAAACUCUUCGAGCAGAAGGGCCUCCCUAGCCCUGAAAAGUGCACUUUGCCAGCUGUUGAGUUGAAAGGCUUCAGUGGGGACCGUAGAAUCACCACCUAUGGACUGAAAUGGACAGUGAAGAUUGGAGAACUUUGGGGUACUAUCACAACGUAUGUGGUCAAUGGCCCGACACCUUUUCUCUUAUCAAGGCGAGUUCUGGAAGGGAUGGAAGCCAAUUUGGAUAUGGGGAAGGGAACAAUCAGUAGCACCAAGCAUGGUAUGAAAGAUGUGCCGUUGAAACGUGCUGCAAAUGGCCACUUCCUUUUACCGUUUUGUGAUGAGCCUUCAGAGUUUGAGCCAACAUAUCCGCCUUCGAGCAAAAGUGCCGAUGUGGACAUCUACGAUGCCACGGAUGGCUCACCUGAUGUUGUCUCCAUGUCAGAGUCCGAGACUGCUGGAUCCGAAUCAGCAGUGCCAAGCAAUGAGCCCAAUGACAAAGCCGCAGAAGAUGCCACAACAUCCAGUUCCAUGGAGAGGCGUGACAAACCGCCGUGCCGUCGAACUAGGAAGCAAGUUUUGCAACAUGUUGUGAAGAACACUAGGAAGGGUGUUGUAAAUGUGGAUAGGUUUAGAAAUGAACUUGUCCAGUUGUUUGGAAGUAGAGCCUCAGAAUGCACGCAUGCAUAUGUAGCAUAUAGGCCACGUUUGGAACGUAUUCCAGAAGAUGCUGAUAAGCAGCCAUACUUGAGAAGUAUCGCAACCCUGACCAGUGAGGGUGAGAUGUCCAUACAGCCAUGGAACACCCGUGCCGCAGGCAGUGAGAAGGCCAGAGUUGUACAGACCAACAUAGCCCUGUAUGUUUACAUCCCAGUGCAAGGUGUGCAGCUUCCGCCGAAGCCUGAAUCCGAGAAACAUUCCGGAUGCCAUUGUCUCUGCUGCAGCGAAGAUGUUGACCCAAGUUUGCAACCGUCCAUUCCCGAUGGACCCGGAUUAGAAACGGUCUAUGAAGAAGUUGAUUGGGUUAACUGUAACAGGGAUAAAGUGGAUAAAACUGUGGGGGAUAGGAUUAAGAAGAACAUAAGAUCAAUAAGAAAACUGAAUACCCAGGUGAUCCUUUCCCGGCUUCAUGAUGAGUACGAUCAGGUUCUUGACGAGUUGAGAAACUGGUUAGGUCCACAAGCUCCAGCCUUAGAUAGCCCAGUUCACAUGAUCGAGGUGUUCACUGACCAUGCACCACUUGCCAGAAAAGUUUCCGAACGUACUGGUAAGAGCAGUAUCAUUUUGGGUUUGAACCAUGGACAAGAUUUCAACAGACUUCAGGACCGACGUUUGCUCAUGUACCUGUUAGCUGUUGUAAGGCCGAAACAUGUUUGGUUUUCUUUUCCAUGUGGUUGCUGGGGACCCUGGAGCCGUUUCAACAUUGCCAAGGGUGGCAAGUCAGAAUCCACAGUUUUGCAGCAGAGAAAGGAAGCAAGGCGCCACUUGCGUGCAGUUUCUGAAGCCUGGCAACUUCAACGUUUGCUCGGAGGACAUUGUCAUGCAGAAAACCCACUCACCUCAGAAGCAUGGUCCGAGAUUUUUGUAGGUGAAGUUUUCGAUGUACGCAUUGACAUGUGCAGUGUAGGAAUGCGAUGCCCCAAGACAAAUGUUCCAGUGCUAAAGCCAACUAGGAUCAUAACCACCAUGAAGGAACUUGCUGAUAGGUUGACUUCAUGUCGUUGCGAUCACAAACAUGGUCAUGCGCACUUGGAAGGUAAAUUCAAGGCAGUUAGCCAAAAGAUCAAAGCAAUCGUCCAAAAACUUCAUGUGAACACAGGUCAUGCUUCACCAGAGCAAAUGUUGCGUUUAGCCAAGCGUUGCAAGUCCUCAGCGGAAAUGCAGACAGCCAUCAAGCAGUUCAAGUGUUCCGUUUGUGAAGAGCUUAAGGUGACCAACCGCGUGCUGAGACAUAUGGCCCAACGUGUCUGGAGAACCACUUCCAGACCUGCCAAAGAGGACGAAGCUGAGUUUAGAAGCCUUGCCAGAUCCCUAGCCGAAGGGAGAUUGCACCCAGAGCUGGAAAACGCAGAACAAAGUGUUUCAAGUAGGUCAGGCCAGUUUGCUGAUCUCACCAAAGAGCAUGAGCCUAUGGAUGAGGACCAUGAACUGGAGGAAGAUCUAUGGGAGGAAUCUCCAGCAGAUCCAUCAACCGAUGGUGCCGAUGCCAUGAAACAACCAGAUCCACCACCAGAGGAAGUAGAGGUCAACUAUAGGAAACUCAGCGUAGAAGACAAAGCAAAGUUCGAAGUAGCCAUGAAAAAGGUACACCGAUACGUGAUGUUUCUCUCUUACGGCAGUGUGCCGGACAGCUGGCAUGGGCCGCUGGGUCCACACGGAGAUGCAGGCCAUGCCAAACGUGCCAAUGGAGACUCACAACGUGGUUACCUGCUAGGUCUCACCAAUCCAAGCAUGCGCGACCGCAAGCAAGCACCGAUGUGGUUGGUAGACUGGGGAAUCAAUGCGAUGGAUGCAAUUGAGUUCUUUCAAGCCUUGUUAGCAGAGACAAUUCAUGGUAUAACCCCAAAACAGUUCAGACUGCAGGUGCCAAAACACACCGCCUUGUUGGUUGUGGAUUCCAGAGGUUUUUACGAUGCUGCAAGCAAGUUGAGCAGUGCGUCAACCAGUGAAGAAAAGAAAUUGGAAAUCGACUAUGCCAUAGCGCGUCAAGCCAUGAAACUGCAGAAUAUUGAAAUCUACUGGAUAAACAAUAACUACAUGGCAGCCGACUGCCUUACGAAGCUGAAUGGGGAAACCAGAUUGUUGUUUGUUUUGCUUGAAACAGGGGUAUAUCAAAUAAAGAGAUGUCAAGAGUCCGGAAGUAAGGAGAGAGCCAGAAACCGCCAAGAGCAAAAGUGA